AUGAAAUAACAAAGUAUAAUUUUCGAAGAAGAACUUCGAUAAGUUCAAUUUAGUGAUUCCAAAUCGAUUAAAAAUAAAUUCUUAUAGAAAAUGAGGAAACCAUAAAAUUUAGAUGGCUAUAAUUAGAUGAGAAAAAUUCCAUUUUAACUCAGCGAAGCAUUUCAUGAAAAUAGACUAAAAUGUAUAUUGUGCAAAGAUUAUUACAUUAAAUUUACAAUUGCUUAAUGUGGUCAUUCAUUUUGUUAUUACUGCAUUUUUGAACAGUUACUUAAAUCUCAUAGGUGUCCAUGUUGCCAAACAGUUUUGAAAGGUUUACACUUUAUCCAAUGUCAUACUAUAGAUGAAUUUAUCAAAAAUAGUAAAGUUCUCGUAAAAAAUUCGACAAUUCCGAGUAGAAAGAAGCAGUUUAAAGAGUGGAAAUUGAAAAAGAAGAUAACCAACUUUAAUAUUGGAGAUACUCUAGAUGUUUUAGAUACUGAACAUAUCUGGUGUGUCGGAUCGAUAAUCAAUAUUUUAAAUCAAAAAGAAAUUCUUAUCCAUUUUUAAGGAUAGAAUAAAGCUUACAAUGAAUACAUUCCAAUCUCAUCUCCACGCUUAUCCCCUUUAGGACUAUUUACUAAUAGAACUGAUAUUUUACUCUAUUACCCAAGCCAAGAUGAAAAUUCCAUGUUUAAUUAGAUAAGGUAAAUAGGAUCUUAGAAUCAAGAGAACGAGUUAUACAAUUAUUUGAUAAUACAGCAGCAAACAGCAAAUUCAAACAUUAUUUUAGCCGUCGAAUAGCCAAAUAGAAUUGGAUUAUAAAGUCUACUUUAACUUGUUGUUUUCAUCAGAGAAAUACAGGAUGAAUUAUAUAAUGAAACAUGA